GUUGACUGUCUGGACUAUCUUGGUGCCAUUCCAGGUUAGUCGUCGAAGGAGCACAGCCAGGAGUGUAGAGGAUGAGGAGGCGGGUCACCUGAUCUGUCAGAGAGGAGACAUGCUCCACGCAAGAUGUAUAGAAUAUUUUUCAAUGUUUUUUAGCUUUUCGGACAGAAUAAGUUCUUUUAGCGUAAGAUGUGAGGGGGUUCUCUCUUUCUUUCUCUCUUGACUUUUUGGUUGGGGGUGGGACUGUUUUCUUUUGAAUAAUCUAUUAUAGACAUUAUUAAGAGUAUACCUUGGGGAUUUUUCCCUUACCCCCUCCCCCCCAAAAAAAAGUAUUCAACGAAGUGAAUGAACCUACUGGGAUGGGAUCCCUGUAAAUGUACUUUGAAGACAGUUGUCCAGUAACAUCUCUCAGACCAGAUAUUUACAAUUUAGAGCACAUCCUAGAACAACCUUCAGUGAUAGUACUUAGUCCUUCUAAUUGUUUGCUUUAUCUCUGUUUAUUGUUGAUUAUUUGCUAGGCAAUUUAAUAGCUGAGUAGCUUCACCACUUUGGUGACUAAGAGUUCUUUUCUUUAUAGACGAGGUUCUUGCUGUGUUGGGUGAAGGUGGUUUCUCAAAAGUAGUGGAAUGCAUGGAUCACGGAGCGGAAGGCAGACAUGUUGCAGUGAAAAUAGCAAAGAAUUUUGAUUGGUCCUCCGAUGCGGCUCGUGAGGAAAUACAGGUGCUGGAAGAUUUAAAAGCAUCAGACCCCAGCAAUGCCUAUCACUGUGUCCAGAUGUUGGGAUGGUUUGAGCACCGUGGACACGUCUGCAUUGUUUUUGAGCUCCUGGGGCUCAGCACCUUUGACUUUAUGAGCGUCAAUGACUUCUUGCCGUUUAACCUGGACGACAUUAGACACAUGGCUUAUCAGAUCUGCACCUCUGUCAACUUUUUGCACAUGAAGAAGUUGACACAUACAGAUCUGAAGCCAGACAAUAUUGUCUUUGUGAAAUCUGACUACGUAGAAGAGUACAACCCCAAACUGGUAAGUUGCCAUCCUCUUCCCCACUCUCCUCCACCUCAGUCAUCCUCUGCGUUCAUCUGGUCACUUGCAUCCCACCACCUUUCAUUUCAGGAAUGCACUGAAUGCAGACUGAGAAAACCAGACAUCAGACUUGCGGACUUUGGGUGCGCCACUUACGAUCAUGAUUACCAUAACCCUGUGGUGACUACUAGACCUUACAGAGCUCCCGAGGUGGUCCUAGGUCAGUGGAAGGCUGUUUGUUUGACUGAUCUUUCAAGUAUGAGUUUUUGUGUGCUAUUGAAUGGAGCUAGAGAAGUGCUUGGUGUCUUGCUUGAGCUGUUGAACUGUUUGCCGUCUGCUCUAAACAUGAACAACCUGAAUCUUUUCACAGAGCUCGGAUGGUCCCAUCCAUGCGAUGUGUGGAGCAUAGGAUGUACUCUCCUGGAAUACUACCGUGGAGUCUUAGUAUUUGAGGUAGGCAACUCUAUCCCUCAGAAGCAUGCAGCAUGCCCAGCACUCCCCAACUUGAUGAACAUAAGCUACGGAGAGGUGGGGACUAAAGGCAAUGGUCUGUGCGAGAAAGUAAGCUGCAUUCCUCUGUGGUGCCAAGUUGAAGAGAACAGAAGAUGUAGGCCACAAGGAACGUUCUCAGCGGCAGAUUUUGACAAGUUACUUUCAGUAGACGUUUUGGCAGCGUCUUGA